AUGGUCAAAAUACAGCCAAGUAACAAGUACGAAAAUACCCACAACUUGCAGAAUUACAGUGCCUCUGAUUAUCUUGGUCCAUGGGAUAAACACAAGCUGGGUCUGAUCAACCCUGGCUCGGUCACCUGGCCCGCACCCCCGCCUGUCUCUGCCCUCUGUCCUUCCUCCUGUAUUAAACGCAGCGCGAACCGUCACACAUUGGUGCCGCUUCCCAUCCCCCAGCGUUCCGCUUGUCCGAGCUCCGAACAGUUUCUGAUUAUUAUUGUGUUUGAAACCGACGGGGAAGUGCCUGAUCCACCGAAACCCGCUCCCAAGAAGGGCGCCAAGAAAGCUCCGUCCAAACCGGCGAGCAAGUCUGGCAAGAGGUCGAGGAAGGAGAGUUACAAAGUGAUGAAGCAGGUUCACCCCGACACCGGCAUCUCCUCCAAGGCCAUGAGCAUCAUGAAUUCAUUCGUGAACGAUAUCUUCGAGCGCAUCGCGGGUGAGGCUUACCGCCUGGCCGACUACAACAAGCGGUCCACCAUCAGCUCCCGGGAGAUCCAGACCGCCGUGCGCCUGCUGCUGCCCGGGGACCUGGCCAAGCACGCCGUGUCCGAAGGAACAAUGGCGGUGACCAAGUACACCAGCUCCAACUGAAGACAAGUUUACUGACAAAACAAACGGGAAAAUCAAAGGAUCAUUUAAGAGCCACUCACGCUUUCAUUAAAAGAGUUACAAAAUAUUGAGCCAUGGACUUGAGAGCUAUCAAAAGUGAGAUUUCUUCCUCCAGAUAAUUGCCUUCCAAAAAACUCUUGUCGUCCUGGUGUUUCUCCUGCUGAUUGUUAACACUGAGUUUUCCAAAGCCCGAG